GCACUUAAGCCGAACUACCUAAUCUGCACUUAUUCAGACUUCCACAAACAUUUCCAUUCCAUUCGUAGUUUACAUUAGGAGCAGAGCAAAACAGACUGCGGGGAUAGAACGUUAUUAAGCGAGAUUUGAAUUGGCUGGCAGCGAGCGUCUAAAAGUUAUUUGCAUAAACAAAGCACAGUUGACGGACGCGCUAAACGAUUAAACGGAACAAAAACUAAGAAAAAUCGAAAAAAAGCGAAAAACGAAAUCGGACAAAAAAUAACAAAUUUGUAAAGAGUACUAAAAUUGGUUAUUAAUAGAAUACACUGUGCGAAGAGCAUAGCCCAAAAAUGGACGUGUAAGCAAAAGUCCAAAGUCCAAUUGGAAAUUCGGCCAAGUUAAGAAGACCUAACGAAAGUUACACCUGUAUCUGAGCGGAUUCCAUUCUAUACUUUUGCCCAGUUUACAAAUUCUUUUUCUAGCCAAAGCCCAAGGGCCACACCAACAACGCAGCCUGUCAAGCAGCAUGACUGAGACAGAUGUGGACCUGGCGAAAGUGCCACGCCUUGGGCUGCGUCAUCUGCAGGCUUUGCUGCUGUUCCUGGGCCUGGUCGUCAAUACCACGCUGCAGUUCAACGUGGGCGUGGCCGUGGUGGCCAUGACAAAUGCUACGUCCGUUAAUACCGAUCUGCCGCACUACAACUGGACAGAGCCGGAGAAAUCCUACGUCUUGUCCAGCUUCUACUGGGGCUCAGCGCUGACCCAAUUUGCCGGCGGCUAUCUAUGCAAGCGAUUUGGCGCCAAGUCGGUGCUGUUUUUGGGCAGCUUUGGAUCGGCAUUGCUGAGCGCCCUGACGCCGCAGGGCAUCUAUAUGGCCGGGUGGCGGGCCUACUGCACCAUACGCCUGCUGCAGGGUCUGUGCCAGGGCCUGACGCUGCCCUGCAUCCAUCAGCACCUGGCCAACUGGGCGCCAGCGGUGGAGCGCACGCGCUUGGGCGCCUUCGCCUACACGGGCUUCGACUGCGGCAACGUGCUGGCCAUGUAUGCAGCCGGCAUGUUGGCCAGCUCCAGCUGGGGCUGGCCCGGCAUCAGCUAUGCAUCGGCCGCCGUGGGUAUGGCCUGGUGCAUGCUGUGGCUGCUGCUUGGCGCCAAUCGCGCCAGCGAGGCGCGUUGCAUUGGCCGAGCGGAGCAGCGUUACAUCGUGGGCGACCUGCAGCGCAGCGUAAGGCGCGAGCGCAAAAUGGCCAUUCCCUGGCGCGGCAUAUUCACAUCGGCGCCAUUCUAUGCGCUGCUCUGCGCCCGCUGCGCGGACACGUGGGGCCUGGCGACCAUGCAGGCGGAGCUGCCAGCCUAUCUGAACGGUGUGCUGGGCCUGCAGAUGCACAGCAAUGCGUUCUUCUCGGCGCUGCCCUUCCUGCUGAUGUGGGCCAUGUGCUACGUCUAUCUGAUCAUUGCGGACGUGUUGCUGCAGCGACGCAGCCUCAGUCUGACGGCGCUGCGUAAGACCUACAACAGCAUUGCGCUGUGGACACCAGCUGCCAUUAUGCUGGCCCUGGGCUUUGUGGACGCCACACAGAAGCCGCUAGCCCUGGCACUGGUCACGCUCAGCGUUGGCGUCAGCAGUGCGGCGACCAUUGGCAGCGAGCUGAACACAAUUGACCUGUCGCCCGUUCACGCCAGCAUAUUGUCCGGCAUCCUGAGCACCUUCACCAACUUGGUGGCCAUGCUCACGCCCCUUGUGGUGGGCGUGCUGGUGACCCAUCCAACAGAGCGCAGCGAGUGGCAGGUUGUCUUCAGCAUCGCUGCCCUGAUGCUAUUCAGUGGCAAUAUCGUCUACCUGAUUUGGGGCACCGCCGAGACGCAACCCUGGAACGACAACGAUGCCAUGAGCGAGGCGGGGAGCGACUUUGAAGACGCCAAGCUCGAGAUAUCCGCGGAGCCAGCUUAUGAAAAGACACGAACUUCAACCUAAGUACUUAAAACAUGUCCUUCAGACGCUAGAGUAUCGUCGCAUCGUAUUCUAAAGGCUAAAACCUAAGCUAUUCAGUAAGUCUAAGCUUGUAAAAUGAGAAGACUUUGAGCUCUUG